GUCGCUGUAACAUAAAAAAUAUCGGAUACCAAACGCGAGACUACAGAACGUUAAGCCAAUCAUCGCAGUUUUGAGAGCUGUUCCGUACACGCAUGAACGAUUAACGCCAAAAAAUUACCUAAAUUACAUACAUUUAUUUCGAAAGUCUCUUUUUAUUUAUAUAACUAUAUUUCUUUAUUUCGCUUUCGAUGAAAAUGAAUGAGUGUUUGUCUUAGAGAUUAUGUCACUACUGUCAAAUGACACCUACGUCAAACUCUCAAAGCGAACAUUAUUAAAUUUUAAAAUGAAAGUGUGCAGUGCAUCUGAAAUUAGUCAGACUUGAGAAGAAAACGAAACCGAAAGUUAGUUACAAAUUGUAGGUCAUUUUUGUGAAUUUAUAACGAAUCAGCUGUAUUUGCUGGCGCAAGCGCUCUGAUCUAGUCAGUGGGUGAUUGAUUGAACAGGAAGAAAUGGCGUCCAAACGUCCCUUUUCUGAAGAGGAUUUUGCGUGUCCUGUUUGCUGUGACAUUUUCAGUGAUCCCGUGUUGCUUCAGUGUGGCCACAGUGUGUGUAGAGACUGUAUCCAGCAGUACUGGACGACCAAAGGUUCGAGAGAAUGUCCGCUGUGCCGAAAAAGAUCCAACAAGAACCCUCCGGUAAACUUGGCUCUGAAAAACUUGAGUCUCGCUUUCCUGAGUUACCGGGGCCCUUCGGAGGAGCUGUGCGAGGUUCACCGGGAGAGACUGAGUCUGUUCUGUCUGCAUGAUGAAGAGCUCAUGUGUGUGGUUUGCAGAGAGUCACACCAACACAGAAAUCACGCCUGCCGUCCUGUCAGUGAGAUCGCUGGGGAACGCAAGAGAGUUUUUAGCAGUGAGCUUGAUCUCUUGACUAGAAAAAUGAAGAUUAUACAACAUGACAAAUUUGAAUGCAAUCACCAGGCUGAGUACAUAUGUCACCAGGUCUGGCACACAGAGAAUGUCAUCAAGAAGGACUUUAAACAUCUUCACCAGCUUCUGUAUGAUGAAGAAAAAGCCAUGCUUGCUGCACUGAACGAGGAAAAGUCCCUGAAAGCACAGCUCAUGAAAGAGAAAAUUGAGAAGAUGACUGAAGAAAUAUUAUCUCUGUCAAGAACUAUAAGAGAACUGAGAGCUAAAUUUGAUAGUGGGGAUGUCCAGUUUCUUCAGAGCUUCAAGGACAUAUUGGAGAGAGCCCAGAACAUGAACCAAGAACCAGAAACCGUUCAAGGAGGUCUUAUUGAUACUGCACAAUACCUGGGCAAUUUGAAGUUCACAGUGUGGUCGAAAAUAAGUCAGUCUAUCAGUUACACUCCUGUGGUGCUCGACCCAAACACCGCUAACUCUCAACUUAUGCUGUCUGAAGAUCUGACAUGUGUGAGGGACCAAGAUGAGCAAGAGGAGGAAGACGUAGAUGGUGUGCAGCUUCCUGAUAACCCGGAGAGGUUUGAUAGGUGUCCCUGUGUUCUGGGCUCUGUGGGCUAUUCUUCAGGGACACACAUUUGGGAUGUGGAUGUGGGAGACAGCACUUUCUGGAUGCUGGGUGUCACUACAGAGUCUGUCAAGAGAAAAGGAACCAAAAGCUUGCCCAGCGAGGUCUGGUGCAUCGGCUAUGACAGUGACACGCUCAGUUUGAAGGCUCCUCAGGAGUCAUGCAUCCCUUUCCUUGGGUGUGAGAAACCAAAGCGAGUGAGAGUGAAACUUAAUUUAGAUGAAGGACAGCUUUCAUUUGCAGAUCCUCUCAGCAAAACUCUCUAUCACACAUUCACAACCAGUUACACGGAGAAGGUCUUUCCGUUCUUCUGCAGUCUGUGCAGCGUCUCUCCUCUGAGGAUUCUGCCUGUGGUCAAGCUGUCUAAUUAAAAGAGAUAUAAUGUCUGUUUAAAAGUUUUUGUAGGUUUGGCAUGAUGUAUUUCUGAAAAUUUGUAAGGUAAUAGAAAAACAGUGCAAAUUGACAGGGGAUUUAUCUUAUUGAUCUUUGGUUCAGUGUUCUUGAAGUUUUUUUUGCAGGUAAUUUUUUUUUUUAAGCAAAUUCGAGAAAAUUUUAUAUUCAGUUUUCAAAAGUUAAUUUGGUUUACACUGGAAAAAUAGGUACAUUUUAUACAAAUAAAGUGUGUCAUUACUCUAAAGUUAA